GCAAGAUUAGUGCAAUGGUUUAUUCUUUCCUUGCAGCUUUGUCAUUGCAAAAGGAAAGUUCCUACACUUGCUUGCACUCUGAAUGCCUGUUCGAAUGGUAAUAUGUUGUGCUUACGUCUUGAGAUUAAUUUGGAGAAAAUGAGCUUGUGUCUUGCUGAGAAGUGGGAGAAAAGGGACAGAAUUGUAAAACAGAUGUUUGAUGGCAAUUGGGAGAGAUGGAAAUUCAUAGUAUUGCUAUAAAAAAUGAGAGUGGUACUGAAGAGUUGCAUGUUGAAUCUUUACUUGUUGUGUUGGGAGUAUGGGAAAGAAUUUUCUCAAGGAGGGAAGAUAAGGAAGCCACGAUAGUCGAUCAAAAUUAUUCAUGUGCUUCUUGUUUUCAGGAAAGGGAUUGUUUUGUAGUUUUAAAGUUGGUGUUGUUACCACUUUUAAAACCACUACAGUUGCAGAGUUGGCCUACUACUGAGGACAAGUUGAAACAAGGAGGCAUCUCAGACAAGUUUUGUGAAGGCCUUAAGUUAUUAUGGCUUCUAUUCUUCUCUGAUGUCAUGUCUAUUUUACCGCUGUUCAAUAAAGGAGUUAUUGCAUCGGGAAUGAGCACAAAGAUACUAUGUGAAUGUCUUGAGUCCUUAUUUGAUGUCCUUGAUAAGUUUGGCAAUGUUAUGGCAACCUACCAUAAGCUUUCAUUAGGUGCUCUUUUAUCUCAGUGGAGCUCUAAUCAAGUCAUCAUGAGGAAGAAAACUAAGUCUUGCGCUGCAUCUCUUGCUUCACGUUUGUCAGAUGAUUUGUUGGCGAAGGCUGCUAUUGAAGUUGUUCAGCACUUCAGUAAUUCAGAUAGUAGUAGCUUUACUAGCUCUCCAGAUGGAUUUGGAGUGUGCUUUGAGGACUUCAACGCUGAAUUGUGGUUCCUUUCCUUACUAGCUACUAUGCAAUCUACUGUUCAAUUCCCUAAGUACAGCAAAAUCAUUUGGAGUCUGGACACACUUGCCUAUUCAAAUGGCUCUAAUUUUGCAAGCUCCAUUGUACGUGAUCAAGGAGUUGGAGUCGCCAUACUCAUGAACUCAAAGACCAUUCUUGUUGCUUCCUUCGGAAAGGUAAUACCAGGUAGUUCAUAUGUUCUAUUGCUUGCCCUUGUUGAUGGUAUAGUGAGAUUAUGGGUGUUGGAGCAUGACCAUGCUUUUGUCGGUUGGCAUUCGACUAAAGAUAUUAAACAUGACUCGUAUUCUGUGAUUUUAUCUGUACUAGCUAAAUAUGUUGAAUCUUUAAAUUCUACUUCAAUUGCGGCCUCUUCAUAUGUUUGUGGAAAAUUGAUUAGUAAGGCAGCAAGAUGGGAUAUGAUUGCUGACGAGGUGAGUCACCCUGAAGUGCUUCUAGUGAUUGGGAAGUAUAAGUCUCGGAUGGAUGGGAUCUGUGGUGAGCAUGGUUUCUUGCAUGAUAAAAAAUGGGGUGGCAUUGUAACAGAACAUGGAUCACUACUGAGAUGCCUUAAUCUGUAUAAAUUGCAUUCAUGGGAAGCAAAUGGGACUUGCAAGGAAAUAAUGCAGGGUGAUUAUGGUACUCUGAAAUUCAGAAAAUCCUCAUAUCAAGGAAGUGAUUAGUAUUGCUUUUGAGUUGCAAUUUGAACUAAUUAUAAUUUCAGCAGAGGUUGGGUAUUAGUUCAGUAAACUAUUCUUGGAAUCAGCCUAUUCUGAGAUGAGAGGUACUGGGCAAGUGAUUAGGGAUGUUACAAAGGACUUGAAAACUGAGAACACUGAUGCAUUGUGCAAAGAUUCCCAAGGUCUCAGUUUGCCACCAAGUGCAACAGAUUCAUAUUUUUAUGGGAAGCUAAACGCAAAGGGAGAGAGCUCUGAAGUGAUCUUUAUUUCACUUGGUAUGGAAGAAGAGGCAUUCG